AUGGCUGACUCGGAUGCUGAAGUGGGACCGCCCGCGCUGCCUGCGCUGCCUGCGCUGCCCGCCCUCCCAGCGACACUCCCGCGUACUCUCAUACUACCGCACCACCCGUCGUCAUCGUCCGCUCUCUCAUCUACGCGUUCAGUCAGCACCCCACGGGGUACACCGAGUCCUUCUCGCCGCUUGGCGACCAUGGCAGAGGAACAGGAAUACGAGGCGGAUUCGGAAGACGAUGCCGACGGCGGCAUCGCACCAGAGGAUAUUGUUCGAGAGACAGUGGGACACUGGAAUACCAUGAGAGGCAGGUCAAGGAGGUCCCGCAAUGCGGUGAAUUCAAGCCCGAAGAGCAACAAGCAACAGAUCCCAUAA